AUGGUUGAGAGUGGAGAAGCUAUGCUCCAGACUCUUGAUGGCAUGUUUGCUACGUCUAGCAGCUCUGCUAGGCAGAUUGCGCUGAAUGCUGUCACUAAGACAGUAAUGCCUGGAGGAAUUGUGCAGGAUCAUUGUUUGUCAAUGAUUGCAAACUUCAAGAAGGCUGAGGAUCAUAGGGUUACGUUUGAACAAGAAGUGAAAAUUGACCUUCUCUUACAAUCACUCCCUGAUUACUUCAAUCAGUUCAAGAUGAACUAUAAUAUGAACAUGUUGAAUCUUGAUCUCAAGUUGAUGCACGAGCUUGAGAGUGCUGAACAGUCUCUGGUCAAGCAGGGUAGUGCAUUUUUUGUUGGUGAGAGUUUUGGAAAACCUAAGGGGAAACCCAAGGGUAAGAAAAAGAACAAGAAAAAGAAGAAAUCAAGGAUUCCAGUAGCCAGGCCUGUUGCAGUGAAGUAG